AUGUUUCACUCCACGAAGCCUUACUCGGCUGUGACCGUGCAGAUCGAGGUCCUCACCAGUGAGACAUAUGAAGUUGACGAUUGGAGUGGAAUUGUCGAUCUUAUCGAAGCCAUUCGCAUUCAAGCCAGCGGGCCAACAGAAGCUAGUCGCGCGCUGCGCAAGAAGCUGAAGUAUGGCAACCUUCAUCGUCAGCUAAGGGCGCUCACAAUCCUCGAUUUCUGUAUCCAAAAUGCCGGUGACCGUUUCCUCCGCGAGUUCGCUGACGAGCCCUUACUCGAACGACUACGAAUCGCCGCCACCGACUCCGUAUCAGAUCCGUUGGUGAAAGAGAAAUGCAAGCAACUCUUCGGGCAAUGGGCAGUGACUUACAAGAAUACACCUGGUAUGGAACGAGUGACCGGUCUAUAUAAGCAGCUUCCGAAGCGGAAGCAGCCAGCAAAUCAAGCAAAAGCCAAAGUUUUGCGGGAUACUGGUAGCUCGAAUGAGCCUCAACUGGGACAUACCGUGUCAGUGUCUGCCGGCAAUGGUCCUGCGACCGUUCUUAGCAGCCCAAAGCACAAACACUCAUCCAGCAAGUCGUUAAAGAAGGAGAAAAAGGACAAGAGGUUGACGAACAGAUCUUUCAACUUCGAAAGAGAAAAGCCUGAAAUGCUGCAAACUCUUGCUUCUGCAUCCGUUGCCAGUACUAACCUUCUCAAUGCGCUGAAGCGUGUCAACCGAGAAACCCACCGUGUGAGCGAAGAUGCAGAGGUCCUCAACAGGUUUGAAACCUGCAAAACGCUGCGUCGACAGAUCCUUCGAUACAUCCAGCACGUGGAGAGUGAGGAAUACCUGGGAAGUUUGAUUCGCGCAAACGAAGAGUUAGUUGCUGCGCUCAUGGCCUUCGAGGUCUUGGACAAGAGUGUGGACUACGAUAGCGACAGUGACCAAGACGUCCUUGAGAGCGGCUGGACCCCAGACCGUGGAGAAAUGAACGAAUCCUUUGCUGGGCUGGCCAUCAACCCUCCCAAGCCCCCCCGACCUGUUCGCCCUCUAAGCAUCUCGGUGCCUUCAUCUUCUGCACAUCCACCUCCUUCUGAUAGUGAAAGUGAGUCAGAAUUCGAAGCGGAUGAUGAUGACGAGAACAAUCCUUUUGGCGAUCGGAACGCUAUCAAGACGCCUGCCGUGGACCAGUUCGGUCGAACAGUAGGUCUGAACGCGGUGAUCCCAACCAUAGCCUCGAAGCUUGUCCCCACCCCAAUUAACACGCUACAUCCCGCUCUCCCCUGCCUUCUAUCUUAG